AAUUCCAAUGACUAUCACUUUUCAAAUAACUCUUCUGCUUUUUUCCCCUCCCUUCUGGCAGCCUUUAGCCAUGUAGAAACCCGAGCCCACGCAGAGGAGCGUCUUCUGAAGAAACUCUUCUCGGGAUAUAACAAGUGGUCCCGGCCGGUUGCCAAUAUAUCUGAUGUGGUCAUUGUGCGCUUUGGAUUGUCCAUUGCACAACUUAUAGAUGUUGAUGAAAAGAACCAAAUGAUGACCACGAACGUGUGGGUGAAGCAAGAGUGGCAUGAUUAUAAACUUCGUUGGAACCCUGAGGAAUAUGAAAAUGUUACAUCAAUACGAAUUCCUUCCGAACUGAUUUGGAGGCCUGACAUUGUUCUCUACAACAAUGCUGACGGGGAUUUUGCCGUCACCCACCUCACCAAAGCCCACUUGUUCUACGACGGACGUAUCAAAUGGAUGCCUCCAGCCAUCUACAAAAGCUCCUGCAGCAUCGACGUCACCUUCUUCCCUUUUGAUCAGCAAAACUGCACCAUGAAGUUUGGCUCGUGGACUUACGACAAGGCCAAGAUAGACCUGGAGAGUAUGCACCGCCAUGUGGACCAGCUGGAUUAUUGGGAAAGUGGAGAAUGGGUGAUCAUCAAUGCCGUGGGCAAUUAUAACAGCAAGAAGUAUGAGUGUUGCUCAGAGAUCUAUCCUGACAUCACGUAUUCCUUCAUCAUCAGGCGGCUCCCUCUGUUCUACACCAUCAACUUAAUCAUCCCUUGUCUCCUGAUCUCCUGCCUGACUGUCUUGGUCUUCUACUUGCCUUCAGAAUGUGGGGAGAAAAUCACUCUUUGCAUCUCAGUCCUUCUGUCUUUAACUGUCUUCCUUCUCCUCAUCACCGAAAUCAUCCCCUCCACCUCCCUGGUCAUCCCUUUGAUUGGGGAGUACCUGCUGUUCACAAUGAUUUUUGUCACCUUGUCCAUCAUCAUCACUGUGUUCGUGCUGAAUGUCCACCACCGCUCCCCUCGCACCCACACUAUGCCAGAUUGGGUGAGGAAGGUCUUCCUCGAUAUUGUCCCACGUCUCCUCUUUAUGAAGCGCCCUUCGACCGUGAAGGACAACUGCAAGAAGCUCAUCGAAUCCAUGCACAAAAUAGCCAACUCUCAACGUUUCUGGUCUGAGACUGAAGUGGAACCCAAGUUCACUACCUCAUCCUCCAAUAGUCCCCAAAGCAACGAGCAAUCACCCACUUCCUCUUUUUGUGCUCAUCUUGAUGACCAAGUGAAACCACCCCCUGUCUGCAAGUCACCUUCUGGCCAGUACUCCAUGUUGCUUGCAGAGCCCAUUCGGGCUAGUUGCACGUCCCUCCAACCUCCCUGUCACCCACUGGGAGACUCCCAAUCCAGUUCAAUCUCCAAAAGCAGAUCACUCAGUGUCCAACAGAUGUACAGCAGCCCAGGAAAGGCAGAAGAAGGAACCAUACGCUGUCGGUCCAGGAGCAUCCAAUAUUGCUACUUGCAAGAGGAAUCCUCACAGACCAACGGACAGUCCAGUGGGUCACCGGCCUCUCCACGGUGCCAUCUCAACGAGGAGCAGCCCAAAGCCAAGCCUACUCAUUGCAAAUGCAAGUGUAAAAAAACCGAGUCAACCAACACAGCAGGGCAAGGGAGCAAGACUCUGGGCAUGAAAGAUCAGCAGCUUCUGCUGAUGUCACCUGCCUUGAAGUUAGCUGUGGAGGGUGUCCAUUAUAUCGCAGACCACCUGAGAGCAGAAGAUGCAGAUUUUUCAGUGAAGGAAGACUGGAAGUACGUCGCAAUGGUCAUCGACAGAAUCUUCCUCUGGAUGUUCAUCAUUGUCUGCUUGCUGGGGACAGUGGGUCUCUUCCUCCCGCCUUGGCUGGCAGGAAUGAUCUAGGAACAAAAUAACUCAGAACCCGAACCCGUUGCAUCCCAUUCCAGAGAUUUCAGUCCACCGGGCAAGAAGGGGCAAAGCUGAACGCUGGAGGCAACUGCUAUGAAUAACAAAACCAUAACGUCUGCGCAUGAACUGUUUCCUGGAUGUUCUGGGGCUGCCUGUCUAAGGUUGCAUCACUGCCUAGGCCAUCUUCAUCUUCUAUAUCUCUUUGAGGGUGGGAGGGAUGGGAGGGAGCUGGUUAAUUAAAGUCUAUCCAUAGCAUGGUGGCAUUCGUUGUCGUAUAUACUCCUAAGGACACAGCUGUGGUCCCUUUGUAGUGAGUGCCAACAGAAGCACUCUCAGACAGACUCAGUCCCUAUGAGUCAAAUGAGAAGUUAAACACUCCAGCUUGGUGUUGAGUGAAGGUGUUCCUCACCCAAACAGUCUGAUUUCAGAGUUUUCAUUUGCACAAUAGGUAAGGAGUUCUGAAGCCCAAGAAAGUGGCUAGAGCCAGAAUCCUUGUUUCCCACUUCAUGCGCCCAAUCAUUCUUUAUAUGAGUGGUUGAGGUUUUUUUUCUUUCUGGCCUUGCACAAGAAGGGAUCCAGAACACCAUCACUGCGAGAAGAUUAUUAGCCUUGUGAUUGUUAGAACCUCUUAGUGAAAACAAAAUAUUCCCAAGUCCAGGAACAAGUUUUCCUGAUCCUCAGAGUUUCAUAUCACAGCAAAACUGAGUAAACAGAUGAAAAGACAUGUUUGUUUGUCUAUCCACAUUUUGAUGGGUUGACAUAGGUCAGUGGUGCCCAACCUUGAGUCCCCAGAUGUUCUUGGACUACAAUUCCCAGAAAUCCUGGCCAACACAGCUAGUGGGGAAGGCUUCUGGGACCUUUAGUCCAAGCACAUCUGGAGACCCAACAUUGGGAACAAAAUGGCUAGAUCAUCUAGGCACUGGAGCAUAAUGACUGGAAGAUUCACAUUGAGCUGGGCUGUAUCGCAUCCGGCUGGAUUGUGGGGGAGAUCACCUUUGAAAACAUACCAAACUAAUACGCCAGAAAGAAGGUGAGGCUACAAGUAGUUCUGCCUAACUUGUUAAAUUUAUAUUGGCAGAAACAGUUUGUGGGUGAGAAAUAUGAGAGCUAGACAUGAAAUAGUUCACUUGCAGUUUUACAUGGGGCAGCCUAGCACAGCUUGUGCCAUUCGGUGAGUGAGAUUGUGUGUCAGCUUUGGGGCUCUGAGAUAAAGGGAGGAGAAAGCCGGCUGUAUUUCAGACCCCUAAAAAUACACAAGGGUCCUGUUUCCCUCAGUGCUGAAAGGGCUUUAAAAGCAGAGCUUUGAACGUUUCUGUUUUUGUGGACUACGACUCGUAUAAUUCACUGGGGAUUUCUGGGAGCUGAGGUCAAAAAAAAAAGAGAGAAGCAUUUCCAAGUUCUAUUUGAAAGCUCACCAGGCAUCUUCCUCUGUAAUGCCAGUGAUGUGAAAAUUCAGUUUCCCUUCUCUGUUGAGUUGAAACAGUGCCUCAAAGCUAUGAUUCCAGAAUAUACUAGCUAUGUUGGUCACCAGGAAAGUCUGGAGAGAUCCAAAAUGCUGCUUACAACACCGUUUACUAGACAGACAACAAAACAGGAAUUGUGGCAAACUUCAAAAGCAUCUAGAAGUAGCAAGCAUCAUGAUUGUUAUGUUACCUCUGCUAUCAAAGACAAAAGGCCUUUCAGUUCCAGUUUUGGGUGAAGGCAAACCACCGAGCAUUACUGCUAAGUUUACAAGGCCAGGACCAUUCCGUUCCCUAGAUUUCAGGGGGAAUGCCUGAGAUCCAGGGGUGAACCCUCACAAAGCCAUAGCAGGUAGGUCAUUCAGCAACAAUUGCGUGUACAGUAUAAGAAAGAAAGAGAGCGGGGAGAGAGAAUGGGGUAAUGCUGGAGCAUUCAGCAUCAAGAACAGCUCUGAAACAUGCAGGUUAAUGGAAAAGACAAGGACACUCCUAAGUAAGUCAAAAUGGCAUGUCCCCAAAUCUAAGAUUGCCAGCUUGCAGGAUCUCAUUCCCUGAAAUUUUUGGGAGCUGGGAGCUGAAGAAUAGACCACAAGAAGAACACACCCCAAAAAAUAGACCCAAAACCAGGGAGCUGAAGAAUAGACCACAAAAUCUGAUUCUUGGAGUUCAAAGCCAACACCCGGUGAUGCCAACCUUUGUAUUCAUGUCCUGGUUUUCCUGGGUGUCUAGAUAUCUUCUGUGGGAGCAGAAAGCUAGACUAGAUAUAAGCCUUUGCUAUGAUCCAGCACAACACUUACACUCUUAACUGCACCACACUCUUCCUCCUGAAGGCUUGGCCAACAAAGAACCCUAAAAACCGAUACUCUACCAACUCUGUGGUUCAAAUACAAGGCAUUUUUAGCAACAUUAUCCUCAUAAGCUAUGAGUGCCUCCUAUUUGUUUUCAAGCCAUCAAGAUUAAUUUGCAUAAUAUAAUCCAGUUGUAGAAUUCACAUUUUCUAGAGGUGUAAUGUGGAUUAUUCUCCUGGUGAGACAUAAAUGCAGUCUAAUAUUGACAAGGAGUGUUAUCUCCCGCAAUCCACCACAAAGAAGACACAGCUUCAACUCUUGGAUCAAGCCAUAGUUAUUGACCAGAGCAGAAAGGGACAUCUAAAGCCACAUAACCCAUCACCACUUUUGGUACAUGUGAGAAGGGAGUUGAAGGAAAGGGUGUUUAAAAUAUGAAUGCUCUCCUUUAUGGCUUGAUCAUCUUUGCUAGAACUACAUGUGGAUCUGUCCUAAAUUUUUAGUCCAUUCCAGUCUUUCUCUUGAGAAUAUGAACUCAGGUUAAUUCUUCAGAUUUUUUCAGAUGACACAGGCGAAAUGGGGUGGAGGAUCUUCAGAAGGGAGGGAGAUAGAAAAAUGAGGAUGAUUCCUUCAGAUUUUUAUUCCCCAUCAAUUUGGGCCCAUCCUUUCUCAGUUCAGAGAAACAAUUGUUGAAGCUUCA